AUGAAAAUUCUAAUCAUUAAUGGUUAUGGCAAGAGUUAUAAAGGCAUGAAGAAUUUUGAACAAUACAAAUUGAUCAUCAAGGAAGCUUUGCUAAGUAAAAAGGAGAUGAUCGAUACUGAAAUCGAUUUCAUAAUACGUGAUAGAGACUCCAUUGAUGAUUUGUUGUAUGAAAUUGAUAGUUCUUUUGUGAGAGUAGAAUGCGGCAAAAUGUUCGAUUCAAUUGAUAUCAUAUUUUUUGAGGGUGAUGCAAAUCUUAGACCAUGGUCUCCAAAUGCAUAUAAAGUAUUUAGCUCCAAAUACAUUAGUAUUUAAUUUUGUUGAGAAUGUGUCUCAGAAGUAACAAGAUCAUCUUUGCAUCAUCAUUCGCCAUGUAAGGCUUGGUUUUCUUGAUAGCUUCAAAUGUUGAAUGUGUAUUAAUAAUGAUAUUUACUAGUAAAUAAGCGUUAUUAAUGGAUUGAAUGGAGGGUAGUUGGGUGAUCUUUCUAAGAUCAAAAAGGAUUUGACUGAUAUAAAGUAGACAGAUUUCUUUCUUGAUAAUGUAACAGGAGAUUUGUAUGGAUUCAACUAUGAUACAGGUGAAUGGGUGAGUAAAGGAAAUGCUGGAAUUCAUUUUAGAAAAGCUGCUGAAGAAUUUAAAACCAUUGGCAAAUACAUAAUGAAGGCACCUCAAUACAAGGUUAAAGGAAUGAAGGAACUGGACACUCUCUAUGUAUCUAAAGAAAAUGAAAUUGUAUGUUCUUUGAGAAAAAAUCAAAUGCAUCAUUUCUUAUUUAAUGAUGUUCCAUUUGAGUUUGUUGUCCCUUACAAAAAUUCAUGGGAUGUACAUCCAUUCAAUUUCGUGAACCCUAAAAAGACUUUUUAGACUUUGGCUGAUUGUACUAAAGGUACAUAUUUGAUUUCUCUAUUUAUAGGUCCUUUGAUUAUACAGAUAUCAGACAAUAUUAUAGGUACGUAAUUUGCUGUAAAAAGAAAAUACAAGGAUACGACUGUUGUGUUGAAGAAUUUCAUGGGAUAUCAAUUGACUAAAUUAUGUUCAGGAUAGGCUCACUCAAUACCAAUUGAAAUUGCAUCAAUUAAGCAAAAUGAUAAUGCUAUGGACAUAUUUCUAGAACACAUGAGUAAGAAUAAAUAUUAGGCUCAUUAAAAAACAAUAAAAUUUAAUGUGAUUACUGAAUUUCAUCAUGCUGGUUAUGCUGCCAAGAAAUCUAAUAAACUAGAUGUCGUUGUAAAUAAUGCAAUAGGCAAGAGAAGAUUCAAAUAGCAAAUGCAAAAAUUGCCAAGUAAAGAAUUAGAUAAGAUAUUAACAGUAUGAAAUAUAUUCUAUUUAGAAUGAUAAUUCAUAUAGAUAGACUGCUAGAACUUCUAACAAUUAAUCUCGAAAAGUUGUUUCAUUUACUAAUUCUCAAACUGGGUUAAACUCUCCCUUAAAAGGGUAAACUUUAACUUAAUUUGACGAUCAAUUUGAGCAAAAAAUAUAAUUCCAUAAAACCUCAGGAGAGAUAAUGAAAUUACUUCAUCCAUCAAUUGAUGAUGCCUUAGUGGAGUAGAAUAACAAACAUGUUUGGGUGCCAGGUUUCUUAUCCCAAAGUCGUGGGAUGAAAUUGUCUAAUCACAAUUCCAAAGAAGGUUGGAAUUCGAAGUUAACGAUAAGAUAGCCCUUCUAGAAUCAAAUGCAAUUCGAAACAUAACAAUUUGAUAAUGUUUACAAGACUCAGAAACAACUUGAAUUAGAAGAAGAGAGGGAGAGAAGCAAGAAGAUAAUUGGACCCAAAUAAUUCCGUUGUGGCACACCCGCAUAAGCCAAUUUGAUUACAGCACACAUGAGUAGAAAUUAAUCAUUGCCAUAACAUCAAUUUAGAAUGAUAGAAAAAGAGAAAUGGAUCUCUCCGCAAGAUUUUAAAAUUUGA